AUGUUGUUCUUCAUCCUCACAGCCCUGCUCUCUUCUCUCGCCAUUGCUGCCCCAGUCAGUGAUGAAAUAAUCACCAUUCAAGAAAACGCCUGGGGAUACGGUGCCGGUGGAGGUAUCGUUGGUCUCAUUAUCUUCAUUUUAGACGUCUUGGUCUUCAUUGAACUAUUCAAAUCUUCCCGCCCGGCAUCGCAUAAGAUUCUUUGGGGACUGUUUGUCUUCUUCUUCCCGAUAUUGGGACUCAUCAUCUACUAUUUGUUCUCGAACCGUCAGAACUAUACGCAUAACUAUGAGGCUUUGCCGUAA